UCGACGUUCUAUUUUCCUAAAAUCCUUUUUAUAAGGGAGGUGUGUGUAAAUAGAGCAGACGCGCGCAAUGAGGCGUUCCCCCCUCCUCUCUCUCCCAAUCAAUCACAAGGAGGGACAGUGGCCUCUUUUGAUUUAAAAAAAUUGCCAUUGGGUGGAUGCAAUCAUGUGACGCAUCGGAUGCUCUGAUUCCGAGUCAUGUCCUCUGGAAAGCAACAGUUCUUGGAUGAUAGAAAUCCCCGAACGACUCUGUCCACUUUAGAAAAUUUACAAAUUUUGUAUAAUUAAUUUCACGAGUUUUAAAUGACUCAUCUCCCAAAAGCGGCUCGUCCGAAACCGAGAAGAAGAAGAAGGAGGAGGAGGAGAUGAAUUACGCAUUUGGCCUCGAAAGUGCUUUUAUCAACAGCCAGCCGUCGCUCGCCGAGUGCCUGACAUGCCUCCACGUCCGCGAUGCCUUCCAGAUCGCAUCCAUCAACAACUCGACGCCGAUUCCUUCUCGCUCUUCGCGGAACCAGCUGGUGAGGGGCUCUCGAAGCCCGCAGCAUGCCACGGCACCAUCCGUCGCCGCGCAGUACGCGUGGACGAAAGGGGAAAAAAGCACCAAGAAACAACCGACUCCUGCAGGCUCUCCUCCACUGCAAGCUUCACCAGAGUUAAUAAAUGAGGGCGGUUGUCCCGCGACGUCCUGCAGGAGGUUGAGGACGGCGUACACCAACACGCAACUUUUGGAGCUGGAGAAAGAGUUCAACAAGUACCUGCGUAGACCCAGGCGAUCGGAGAUUGCCUCCUCGUUGGAUUUAAGCGAGAAGCAGGUGAAAGUGUGGUUCCGGAACCGCAGGAUGAAGCACAAAAGGCAAACUCGCUGUAAGGAGAAUCGGGCGAGCGAAAGCAAAUGCGCGGAGGACUUUUUGGAAGAGGAGGCACAGGCGCUUCCUCCCAAGGGGGUGAGGUAUUUCCAGCAAAAUACUUUCGAUUCACAACACUUUCCUCAUAGCCACAAUGGCCACAAUGAUUCGACUUUGUGCACAAGUGAGAAAAACGUGAAAGCUCCUCCGAACUGCACUCCGACGGCUCCCAGCUGUCCUUUAACAAGAGGUCCGGAUAAUGAUCACUCCGCAGGCACGGACGACUCUUUGUCGGAACUUUCCUUAUGUCCCUCCUCGUUCUCCCCAAACUGGUCCAAUUCGACCCAAAGUCCACGGGCUUUAUCACCUGAAACUUUGGAGCUUUUCUCAGAAACACAACCGUGGACUUGGAGAAUUUGAGUUCUUGAAGGGGUUUUACUUGAAUUAAUUUACUGAAUGUAAUGAAUUUAUUUGCUCUACAUGAAUUUUAUAUCAAGUGUUUAUUGUCAUUGAGAGUUAUGUCAUAAAUGACAUAAAUAAGGUG